AUGCGCGACUCCCAGCUCCAGGGCAAGUGGCCCGGCCAUCUCGGCGGCCCUCAGCCCGACCGCCCUGCCGACCGCUUCACCUCCCUGCGCGGCGCCAACGUUCUCAUCUGGGGCUACGGCAACAUUGCCAAGACCCUGACCCCCCACCUAGUCGGCCUCGGCGCCAAAGUCCGCGGCGUCGCGCGCAACGCCGGCGUCCGCAACGGUAUCGAGGUCUUCGCAGAGGACAGCCUGCCCACACUCCUCAAGGAGACUGACGCGCUCGUCAUGAUCCUGCCGGGCUCCGACUCUACACGCCACGCUUUGAAUGCCGAGCGUCUUGCUCUUCUGCCCAAGCAUGCCUGGGUUGUCAACGUCGGCCGAGGCACGUCCGUCGACGAGGAGGCGCUGUUCCAGGCGCUGACGAAGGAGGAGAUUGGCGGUGCGGCGCUCGAUGUCUUCGACACGGAGCCGCUGCCUGGUUUGAGCAAGCUGUGGAAGGCGCCCAACCUGAUUGUGUCGCCCCACGCUGCAGGUGGUAGGCCGCAGGAUGCUGAGGCUCUGAUUGCGGAUAACCUGAGGAGGUUCUCUGCGGGCCAGCGUCUGAAGAGUUUGAUGUAA